GCUCCAUCUUUGGCAGGUGGUGUGUAUGCCAAGGAGGUUAUGGUGUAUGCUGAAACUAGACUGUUUAGAAAGAUUAGGUAGUGGUAGAGCAAUUUACGUGUCUUUUGUUUCACGUUCAGUUGUUUUAUUUUUCAGUUAUUUCCACCAUGUGACAAUUUACGUCGGACUAGUGCUUCUGAUUGAUGAACGUCGGGUUUCCCUCUGAGACACUUUGUUUUAAUGACAGCGCUGCAUUGAGUGAGUCCGAUGCGUGGUGAAGUACUCGUGCUAAUAAUCCUUUAAUUUACACACAAAAAAGAAAGAAUACAUGCUACCAGUGACUCUACUAGUUUUAAAACACUGAAUGAAAACCACCGAACCACUGUAAAGGCAAGUCGAAUAUAUUUUUUUCUAGGAUUUCUUUCACCUCAUUCACCGGUGUCGUGCAUCAGUAGAUAUCCCAUUUGAAGUGGUCGCUGGUCGUGCCUUUUGUUUUGAUUUGGAGACACACCGGGGAGCCAUGCCACGAUGAAGAACGUCUGAUGAGAGGAUUUUUUUCCUGGAAAAGAAAAAUGAGGAAGCGAUUUUAUAAACAUACAGAGAAUAAACAGGCCUUGUCCUUUGAAGGCCCAGAUUUGUGUGAAAAAAGGAAGAAAAAAAGCAGCAUGGUUGCAAUUCGAAUAGAAUGAGACCAAAGGAGACGCGCGAGAAGAGAAAUACAGAGACUAUAUUAAUGACGAGGAUUUUGUCAAGUUUAAAGUCAAUGAGAACAAAAUAACUUUACAGGGCAAGCAUUGAGGAUUUCCUAACACGCAAAAGGACAAAUACUCUGCAACAAUUCCCCAUUGCCUGGCUUUCCAUUUAAUUCUGCACAUUUUAACUCUCUUAACUCAUUUGGUUUUUUUUUCUUUCCAUUUUGAGUUUUGAUCUGGAUUGAGCUCUGUUUUAGUUCAAUGGAAGUAUGUUAUCAGCUGCCGGUCUUGCCUCUAGACAGGCCGGUUCCCAAACAUGUUCUCAGCCGGAGGGGAGCCAUCAGUUUCAGCUCCAGCUCGUCUCUCUUCGGCGCCCCUGAUCCCAGACAGCUGUCACAGAGACGAGGAGCCAUCUCCUACGACAGCUCUGACCAGACGGCCCUGUACAUUCGUAUGCUAGGAGAUGUGAGAGUAAGAAGCCAAGUCGGGUUCGAACCGGAACGAAGAGGAUCCCACCCAUACCUCUGCAUCGACUUCCGAACGCUCCACUCCCGGCUCGGGUCUAGCUCGGCAGGUCCUGUGUCUGACAGGAGGAUCCACAGACUUCUGAGCUUCCAGAGGAACCUCCGCUCCUCUCGCCUGCUCCGGGGAACACCCCAACACAACCGCCUCCCCCUCCUGGACGAGGACUACCUAGGACAGGCCAGGUGCAUGCUGCAGAAGGUCGGGAGCUGGAAUUUUGACAUUUUCCUCUUCAACAGAUUAACCAAUGGAAACAGUCUGGUCACACUGACCUUCCACCUGCUCAACCAGUACGGCCUGUUGGAGCUCUUUCAGCUGGACAUGGUGAAGCUGUGGAGGUUCCUGGUCAUGGUCCAGGAGGACUACCACCACCAGAACCCCUACCACAACGCUGUCCACGCAGCCGACGUUACACAGGCCAUGUACUGCUACCUCCGGGAGCCCAAGCUGGCCAAGUCUCUCACUUCCUGUGACAUCCUGCUGGGUCUGCUGGCGGCCGCCACUCACGACCUGGACCACCCCGGGGUCAACCAGCCUUUCCUCAUCAAGACCAACCAUUACCUGGCUACUCUCUACAGGAAUACCUCCGUUCUGGAGAACCACCACUGGAGGUCUGCAGUGGGCCUGAUCCGAGAGACUGGGCUCUUCUCCCAUCUGCCUGCAGAAGACAGCCUUAACAUGGAGAGGCAGCUGGGCUCCCUGAUCUUGGCCACAGACAUCAGCAGACAGAACGAGUACCUGUCCAAAUUCCGCACGCACCUGGACCAGGGAGACCUGUGUCUGAGCCAAGCCAGCCACCGUCACUUCCUCCUACAGAUGGCUCUGAAGUGUGCAGACAUCUGCAACCCCUGCCGACCCUGGGCGCUCAGCAAACAGUGGAGCGAGAAGGUUACAGCAGAGUUCUUCCGUCAAGGGGACAUUGAGAAGAAGCACAAACUUGAAGUCAGCCCACUGUGUGACAACGAGGCCAACUCCACUGGCAACAUCCAGAUUGGGUUCAUGUCAUACGUAGUGGAGCCUCUGUUUGCAGAGUGGGCCCGUUUCUCCGACACACGCCUCUCCCAGACCAUGCUGGGCCACCUGGGGCUGAACAAAGCCAGCUGGGGGGGGCUUGUACAGGAGCCGUCCACCAGCAGCGAGGAGGCGGAGCCAGGCCCUGCUGCCACGGCGACCCCAUCCCAACCCACAGCCGCCACCACGGAGUCGAAUGUCACAACAGCAGCGGACAAAACCAACUCCAAAGAAAUACCUCAGGGAAGCAGAGAGUCCUGACACUCCAUGUUUGCCCUUUGACCUUUGACCCCUGAUCCAUGGCCUUGGGUCCUUGUCACACUGGGAAGAGGGUGGGGAAGGAGUGAGUGUACCAGUCACUGCCCCACCAAAACCUGAAACCUUUUGUUGCUUCCUCCCCCCCAUCUCAUUUUGACAAACCACUGAUUUUUAUUUAUUUAAUUUUAAUUCCUUUCUUUCUUUGACAUAGAGCAAUACAUAGAUACCUCAUUUGGCUACUGCUGUAUUUCCUUUAAUUUGCUUAUUUUAUUUAUUUUUCCUCUGUAGUUUGUAGGCAUUACUGAUUUGACACACCACUAUUUGGAUGGCGAAUUUAAGGGAAUAACAAGAACCGGAUGAACACCUGGAUGGGAAGUGCCAUUUGCAAACGUAUUGAAUGACUUUGAAGAAAUUGAUUUGAAAACACCUUGAGUAUUCAGAGACAAGCCUCGCUUUAAGACUUGACAAAAAUGCAGUGUGUGUUAAUGCAUUCGUAACGAAUAUUCUUCCUUGUGUGAGAAAAAUAAUGUGAUAAGCCCUGUCCUUUUGCUGCCUCUAUGAAGACUGUUUACAGGUGUCCUGUUUGUUUGUUGUAUCUGUCCCUCUAACAAAUAAUGUCCAGAUUUGCCUUGUAAGCACAGAUUUGAAAGAAACCACUUAGGUUUAAACUGUCACCGUCGAAGCCAUGAGUAACGCCUAAGUCAGUCAGACAGACAGAAAAACACACCAGAUGCCAUAAAUCGCUCCACCUCGGCUCCCUCGUGUUCCUAGCCCCCCUUUCAGUCCCUCACAGGGACCGUAUCGGACACGCAGCUCUCACCAGGAGAGGCGUGAUGAACAGUCAACAAAGGUGUUUCACAACUCCACUUCCUCUUUGCUCUUCUGAAAGGAGUUCAGCUGUUUUGAAGAUGAAGCGACAGUCAGUCAGUGGUGUAAGAGCUGGGAGCAGGACCUGUGCCUCCCAAACCUGACGUUGAACCCUGGAUCACUCCCCUCAGUCAUCACACACGCAUCUCACCACAACUCCACUGGCUCAGGGUACGCCAAUCACCACCCGGAGGGGGAGGGAUGGGACUGCAAGACGCGCGGGGGCCCUCUCCAGAGGAUCAGCCUGGUUUUGUUUACAACUACUGAAGGCGACUCCCUCCCUCUACAGAAUGUCUCUUAACCACAUGCAACCAAGAAGACCUGCUCGACUGAUGCCUUAUACCUAUGCACAGACUACGCUAAGUGACCAAACCAGCCCCCACUCCUCCCAUGAAGUGCAUGGUGUGGCUUGUCCCUUUUAAUGCACUGUCCAGUCCUUUUGCCUUUUGUUGUAAGGAGAAAAUACUGAACCCCCCCUCCCCUCCCAGUUCCUUUUUUAUAUGGAAAAAAAGGUGACUUUUGAACAUUCCAUUUCCUGAUGUUUUUAGUUCGUCUACUUUGAUUUUGUACAGUGGCACAAAAACAGGUGUUUGUAUUUUGACAUUCUGAACGAUAACAGGUGCUUUUCUGAUUUUAGCUGACUUGUAUUUUUGUUGAAAGUGCUGUAAGACUGUUGAUAACUGUUUACAAUUUGUCGCAACAGCCAUUUUGGGAUGAAGACUUCAGCUUCAAGCCAGACUUUGUGAAGGCUUAGCCAUAUUCACCUUUUGAUACAUGCCUGUUGCAGUUGCCUUUUGAUUAAUAAAACCAGUUGACAUAA